GUUGAGUCCUACGAGGAAAGAAAAGGUUUCCACGAAUACGACCGAAAAAUGUGUUUCUCUGUGUAACACAGACAAAGUGUUCAGAGAAAUAUUUAAUCCUUUCACGUGAUACCCCCCGACCCAGGCACUAGAUGCUGAGAACGUGAUGUUAAGUAGUUAUGUGUAAUUGCUACAGCAGUUAUGUAGAGAAAAUAAUUAGGACUCAUGGGGGGGGUGAUAAAGACUUCGGAGACAGGUAUCAUUUGAAUCACGCCUUCGUGGCUGAAGAAGUUGUGUUUGUGUAUUUAAGUGGAGAAAAAUAGAAAAUAAUUUUUGGGGAGAGAUUGCUCCUUGAAGGGACCUACUAAUUUGGUACGGCUGGAGCGUACAGUAUGCAGCAGGAGAGUAGAUUAGAAGGAUAAAGUAGGUUGUAACCAAAUUGCGUAGUGCUUUGAAUUCAUGCUAAGGGAUUUGUUUUAUUUUUCAGGCGUUUAUCUGGUGGUUUUUGAGCUGGGAAUUUACAGGAUCAAAUUUGUGCUUUAGAAGUAUAAUUUUAAUGUCAGAUGGACUAGGGUGAACAAGGACAUGCAUGAAGCAAAUGUGGAAAGAUCAGUUGGAGAAGUUAAUUUUGGACGUUUGGGGCCAAGAGAUCAUUAGGGCACUGGUAGUAAAGAUGCUCUCCAGAUCCUUGGUGAUGGAGUAUUUGGCUCAUCCUGGUGCACUUAGCUUGGCUGCCGGAGUUGCUUGUGGCAUGUGCCUGGGCUGGGGCCUCCGUGUACGCUUUGGGAUGAUCCCCAAAAGCUCGCUGAGAGAGACAGACACAGAGACCGGAAGUGAAGCAAGCAUCUUAGGAGAGAGUGGGGAGUACAAAAUGAUUCUUGUGGUUCGAAAUGACUUAAAGAUGGGAAAAGGGAAAGUGGCUGCCCAGUGCUCUCAUGCUGCUGUUUCUGCCUAUAAGCAAAUUCAAAGGAGAAACCCUGAAUUGCUCAAACAGUGGGAAUACUGUGGCCAGCCCAAAGUGGUGGUCAAAGCCCCUGAUGAAGAAACUCUGGUUGAAUUACUGACCCAUGCAAAAAUGCUAGGACUGACUGUAAGUUUAAUCCAAGAUGCUGGACGUACUCAGAUUGCACCAGGCUCUAGAACUGUGCUGGGAAUUGGGCCAGGACCAGCAGAUCUAAUUGACAAAGUCACCGGCCACCUAAAACUUUACUAGGUGGAAUUUUGUAUGAUGAUGAUC